AUGGCCGACAAUGAAGAUACAGGCGGUCCCUCCGUCUCGGAGCCCUUGGACCUUGUCCGUCUUUCCCUCGAUGAGAUGGUGUUUGUGAAGCUGCGCGGUGACCGUGAACUCAAGGGCCGUCUUCACGCCUACGACAGUCAUUGUAACCUCGUUCUCGGCGACGUGGAGGAGACAAUAUAUGUGGUGGAAGAGGACGACAACGAAGAGGAGACUGUGCGGACAAUCAAGAAACAAGAAGAAAUGCUGUUCGUUCGAGGAGACUCCGUCGUCUUGAUCUCCCCCCAGGCAUGA